GUUUCAAUCUCUCUUCGAAAGCUGAAAAAUGCGCGUAUUUUGGUUUCCUUUUCCAUUGGAUCUAGAUUUUUUCUCAUUCGAUCUUAUUUUGAUUUCCGAGUUCGAGUGAAUUCGCAGUCUGCAGUAUAAGAUCUUCCGAUUUGCUUUGUAUUGGCGGAAUUGGGAUUUAGCUUCUGAGUCUUGAUCUUUAAUAACUUCUGUGGGACUGCAGAGGAGGUGAUCAACUCGAGAUGGUCAUUUUCAACGGGUUGCCUAUUUCAGCGGAUAAAUCUUACUUGAAGGAGGAACUUUCAAGAGUAGAUGAAAGCUGGGCAGCUGCACGCUUUGAUUCCUUACCUCAUGUUGUCCAUAUCUUGACGUCAAAGGACAGAGAAGGUGAAGUAGCAGACUUGAAGGAACAAAGUGAAAUCAUUGAAGAGGUUGUGGACGAAGUUGUGCAUGCAUACCAUAGUGGUUUCAACAAAGCAAUUCAAAACUAUUCCCAGAUCUUGCGGUUAUUUAGUGAAUCAACUGAAAGCAUUGCCAUCUUAAAGACUGAUUUGGAAGAUGCAAAGAAACUUCUUGGCUCCCACAGUAAGCAAUUGCAUCAGUUGUGGUAUCGGUCAGUUACAUUGCGCCAUAUAAUCUCACUGCUAGAUCAAAUCGAGGGAAUAGCUAAGGUUCCAGCUCGUAUUGAGAAGCUUAUUUCUGAAAAGCAGUUUUAUGCUGCAGUACAAUUGCAUGCUCAGUCAACAUUGAUGCUUGAGAGAGAAGGUCUUCAAGCGGUUGGUGCUCUGCAAGAUGUGCGGUCUGAGUUAACAAAAUUGCGGGGAGUUCUGUUUUAUAAAGUUUUGGAGGAUUUGCAUACCCAUCUUUAUAACAAGGGGGAAUACAGCAGCUCAGCUAUUACAAGCAUAUACGAAAAAGAUGAAGAUGUGCCGACAACCGCUACUGUUGCAUUUUCAGUGAACAGUUCACAGCCUCUGUCCCGAAGGACGAGGCUAUUAAAAGGUGACAGUCACAUUGGUGCUUCUGGACUUGGAGAUGGAUCUUAUAGACCAGGCUCUGUUGAUGGAAGUUCUUUUGAUGGUCAUGAUGAUGAGAGCGCUUUGGAGAUGCUUGAUGGAGCUGCCUCGGAUGGGUAUAUUUCAUCUUCAAAAGCUAGUGGUGGUGAUGGUACCCUGAAGGAUGUAAAGUUUGUUUCUCGUCAAACUCCACCAUGGCUAGCGCACUCUAUGCCUAGUGAAUUUAUCGAAGCAAUAAAGAAAAGUGAUGCUCCACUUCAUGUGAAGUACUUACAGACUAUGGUUGAGUGCCUAUGCAUACUUGGCAAAGUGGCAGCUGCUGGUGCUAUAAUAUGCCAAAGAUUGCGACCUACUAUUCGCGAGGUCAUCACAUCCAAAAUAAAAGCUCAUGCAACUGCUGUAAAUUCAUUGAGGCCUGGAAUUGGCCAGCCUGUGAGGAAUGUUAAUUCAGGCUUACAUUACUUGAAAGGGCAGUUGGAAAGCUAUCAAUCACAUAAACAGAAACGUCAGAAUGGAAUAGUGCUGGCUGGGACACUAUUGGCAGUUAGUCCAGUCUCUCCAGGUAUGGCUCCCAUGGGAGCUGCACAGGCUGCAGCAAAAGAACUUCUUGACUCAAUACUGGAUGCUAUCAUUCGGAUACUUGAGAACCAUGUUAUCGUUGGCGAGCUUCUGGAGUCUAGAUCAGCACAACAAAGUGGUAUAAGCACACCAAAGACAAUGAAUGGCGACAUGAACUGGAAUCUUGAUUCUGAAGCAUCACAAGUUACAGGAGGCUACAGCAUAGUUUUUUCUUUGACGGUUUUGCAGAGUGAAUGCCAGCAACUCAUAUGUGAGAUUCUGCGAGCAACUCCAGAAGCUACUUCUGCAGACGCUGCUGUGCAAACAGCUAGGCUUGCAAGCAAGGCUCCUAAUAAGGAAAAGAGGGAUGGCUCAGAAGACAGUCUUACAUUUGCGUUUCGAUUUACGGAUGCUUCAAUUUCUAUCCCCAACCAAGGAGUUGAUCUCAUUCGUCAAGGAUGGAAUAGGAGGGGUCCAAAUGUAGUACAAGAAGGUUAUGGGACUGCAGCUGUCCUUCCUGAACAUGGAAUAUAUCUAGCAGCUUCUGUAUAUCGACCGGUGCUUCAGUUUACUGAUAAGGUCACUUCGUUGCUGCCUCCUAAGUAUUCCCAGCUUGGGAAUGAUGGAUUGCUAAAUUUUGUGGAGAAUUUCUUGAAGGAUCACUUCUUGCCUACAAUGUUUGUGGAUUAUCGGAAAGGCGUCCAGCAAGCUAUAGCAAGUCCUGCUGCAUUUAGACCACGAGCGCAUCCUGCUUCUACGUACACUCCACUGAUUGAGAGGGGACGUCCUGUCUUACAAGGCUUGUUAGCUAUUGAUUUCUUGGCAAAAGAGCUUCUUGGUUGGGCACAAGCGAUGCCUAAAUAUGCUGGAGAACUUGUGAAGUACGUGCAAACAUUCCUUGAACGAACAUAUGAAAGAUGCCGGACAGCCUACAUGGAGGCAGUUCUUGAGAAGCAGAGCUAUAUGCUCAUCGGGAGGCAUGAUGUUGAGAGUUUGAUGCGACUUGAUCCAGCCAGUGCGUUUUUACCAAAUUCAUUUGAUCAGCCAGUCCUGGAAAACAAUGCUUCUGACGCUGAAACUGUUGAAGUUGAGAUGGAAAUGAGUGAUCUGUUGUUGAGUUUGCGUCCAAUCAAGCAGGAGAAUCUCAUUCGUGACAAUAACAAACUCAUCUUAUUGGCAUCCCUUAGCGACUCAUUGGAAUAUGUAGCAGACUCCAUUGAAAGGCUUGGACAAGCAUCCCUGAAACCUUCAACUCAAGCAGAGCCAAACCACAUGGAUAAAACACAUCACCAUAAACGCAGUAGCAGUACGCCUACUAGGGAUCUUGCAUCAUUUGCUGAUGAAUAUAGAAGACUGGCAAUUGAUUGCCUUAAAGUUCUACGUGUUGAGAUGCAAUUGGAGACAAUUUUCCACUUGCAGGAAAUGACCAGCAGGGAAUACUUGGAGGAUCAAGAUGCAGAAGAGCCGGAUGAUUUUAUUAUUUCACUUACUGCUCAGAUAACCCGUAGAGAUGAGGAGAUAGCACCGUUUGUCGCAGAAGUGAAGCGGAGUUAUAUUUUUGGUGGAAUAUGUAGCGUUGCAGCAAAUGCAUCAAUUAAGGCUUUGGCAGAUAUGAAAUCGAUCAAUCUUUUUGGAGUUCAGCAGAUAUGUCGGAAUUCCAUUGCAUUGGAACAGGCCCUUGCAGCUGUCCCUUCCAUUGACAGUGAGUCUGUCAGACACAGAUUGGAUCGUGUCAGGACUUACUAUGAGCUCUUAAACAUGCCGUUUGAGGCUUUGCUCGCCUUCAUUACUGAGCAUGAAUACCUGUUUACAACUGCAGAGUAUUCUAGUCUUCUAAAGGUCACAGUCCCAGGCAGAGAGAUUCCUGCAGAUGCUGAGGAACGCAUAUCAGAGAUUUUGCCCCAUUAGUCCUUUGAAGGUGGAUCAAUUUUUUAUGUACAGGAUUUAAAUGAUGCCGGUAAUCUCUGUCAGGGAGAUGGUAUGAACAUUGAGAGAUAUUACCAUUCCUCUACAGGAUUAUAGGACCAGAAGCAGUAGGCACGUGUUCGCAAGCUGCUGUUCUUGUAGCGCCACCAUCCCGUCCGUAAAUUCUUUCUGUUUCUCUCUCUUAUUGUGAGGGUGAUCAUGUUUUAUUUUUCCAGCUUUUGAGAGCCCUUCCUUUUGUGUCAUAAUUUUCAUUUACUUCCUGUGUUGUUUAACAUAUUCAGAUACCUGAAUUGUGUUGCUGCAAUGUCUAUAUAUGAAACCUGGAGGUGAGUUCCUUGGUCAGUAUGUAACUUGUAACAUUAUGCAACGUCAGGAAGCUCCCAAUUCCAAU